ACCUGAUACCGCUGGGAGGAGCUGGUGACCUGGUUCGGCUCUGGUCUGAGGCAGAAGUGUCCCUGGAGAGAUGGCAGAGCAGCACAGUGCACCUGAGCAGGCUGCAGCUGGCAAGAGCCACGGAGGCCUUGGGGGCAGCUACAAGGUGACUGUGUAUGAGUUAGAGAACUUCCAGGGAAAGCGAUGUGAGCUCUCAGCCGAGUGUCCCAACCUCACCGACAGCCUGCUGGAGAAGGUGGGCUCCAUCCAAGUGGAGUCUGGACCGUGGCUGGCGUUCGAGCGCAGGGCCUUCCGUGGGGAGCAGUUUGUCCUGGAGAAGGGGGACUACCCUCGCUGGGAUGCCUGGUCCAGCAGCCGACGCAGUGACAUUCUCCUGUCUCUCCGGCCUUUGCACAUUGAUGGCCCAGACCACAAGCUGCACCUGUUUGAGAACCCAGCCUUCAGUGGGCGCAAGAUGGAGAUAGUGGAUGAUGAUGUGCCCAGCCUGUGGGCCCACGGGUUCCAGGACCGUGUGGCCAGCAUCCGAGUCAUCAAUGGGACGUGGGUGGGCUAUGAGUUCCCCGGCUACCGUGGGCGCCAAUACGUGUUCGAGCGGGGCGAGUUCCGCCACUGGAAUGAGUGGGACGCCAAUCAGCCGCAGCUGCAGUCCGUGCGACGCAUCCGUGACCAGAAGUGGCACAAGCGUGGCUGUUUCCUGAGCAGCUGAGGAUGUGGGUCCUAGG